AUGUCUGGAGCAGAAAUAGUGUUAGGUGUAGCCGGCCUUGUUGGCCCACUAAUUGCCCCCCCGCUCGAAUCCGCCUUCCGCCACCUGCGGAAGCCACAGUACAACCACCACCACGUGCGCGAGGAACUGCGCGGGAACUUCAUAGACUCCUGGUCCACCCUACAGGGCAGCCUGAGCAGACUAGCCCCAGUGCUGGGAAAGCUCACGCACGAUGACCCAGACAGGAGGAAGGUGCUGCGCGAAAUGGAGAAGGCUACUAAGGCUCUCAGGAAGAUUAACAAGGGGCUCUUGGGGUGUAAGCCCAUCAAGCGCGCACUCAGGGAGCAGGAGAAGACAGAGAAUAUUGUGAACGCUGUUAGGAAGAGGAUAUGUGAUGGUGAUGGGAAUGGGGUGGAGGAAGAAGAGGAGGAGGGGGAGGAGGAGGAGGAGGAGGAGGAUAAGAGGCAUGGCAGGAUAAAUCAUAGGAAGAUAAAGGACAAACUGGGGCCGUUGAUAGUUGGUGGAAAGGGUAGGCAUUCGCUAUCAAACAGAUCUGCCUCUGCCUCUACUUCCCCACCUGUUCCUCCUCCUCCAACUCCUCCCAGGACUGCAACCCCAACACCCCCUUCACCGCCAUCCAUCUCUGCCCCCUCAAUAUCACUUCCACCCUCCCCCUCCCCGCAGAAAGCACGAGCUCCCGGAGCCCUACUACCACCAGACCUCUCCUCCCCCUCAUCCCUACACUUGCAGAUAGUCACCAAAACACACCACCAUAGCCGCCGCCGCCAUCAUCACCACCGGAAGCAUAAGACAAAGUCUGAGGACAACGAGGGGUACUUUGAAAAUCAGAGGUCUGUGAGGAGUUGUGAUAGUUCGAUCAGACCUAGAGAUAGGGAGAGGGGGGAGGGCCGUGACAGACAUUACCACCACCACCAUCACCAUUAUUGCGACGGGGGUGCAAAGGCGGAGGUAGGGUGUUCUAGGGUUCUUCUUGUUUCUGGGUAGUGUCGUACCUCCUUUCGGCUUGCGCCAGAGGUUUAUGGAAUGGUACGAAUGGGAAAGAGGCUAGAUAGUAGUAGCAUUGCAAGUUUAGAGUUUCAACCGUUACGAAUUACGAACAUAGAGGUGCAGUUUAUAUUAGUCUAUCCCUUCAAGUUCAAAUGUGACGCCAAUAUCUUCAUCCUCACUCCUUGUCUUUGUCCAAUUUUAUGGUAAUCACAACUCUUUUUUUUUUUCUUUUCCACAAAAAAACAAAAAACAGAAACAAAAACAAAAAAGCUAGAAAUGACGAACCAACGCGCCAUACCUCCCUUCCUCUACCCUCCAUAGCAUAUAUCAUAAUACUAUCAGAUCCUCGUACAACCCGCCUCCAGACGGGAACCCACAUAACCCCCCCACCGCGCUCUGCCUUCCUGCAAAGGUGGAUUACCCCAUCCGUAGCCUAACCUACGAUACAAUAUCACGCUCAAUGCGCCGAGAACGCACCGCACGCACGCACGCACGCACGCACAUGACCUCGUUCGUCCGUGCCUUUAACAAGUUACACGAUGCGUUUCUUUUGUAACCUGGUUAACUACCUUGGUAGGGGGUGGGUGGGUAGCACAAGGUAGGGCUUAGAAGUAUGGGGAUAGGGGAUGUUAGUGGGUGAGGUAUU